GGCGUUUUGGUAUGUGAGUUCGGGGAUUGUAGGAAGGUCCGUGAUGGGCUGCUUGUGUUGGUAGCUGUAGUCUGUGUAUGUGCGCUGGCAUUGAGGGGCAAGUCGCAACGUGACUUCAAACAAAGGAAAGGACAUCGGUGACCUAAGAAACAACGACAAGACGUGCAGUUACUGGCGCUAUUUUGAAGAAUUGUGUGCGGUUUUUGACAGAUUUGAUUCUUUAUUACAGUGUUGCUCGAAAUGGAUCAAGAUAUAAACUUUGCUGCACAGUGUUUGUUAGCGAUGUCACAUUCAAGGGAUUACAACUGGUCUCAAACACCUUUAGAUCUUUCUCACAGAUCUCCAAGCACUUCUCGCGAAAGGGGCUAUAAUUGCCCAGUGUUAUUGCAUUCUUCUGUUUCAAUGGAAGGAACAAAGGGAACGGGAGCGCCAGUCUGUAUUGACGACAGUAAUUCCACUACGUCAAGCGAAUCUUCCCUCUACAUGGUUGCACGCAUAUUAACUGAUCUUACACGUAUUAAGCAAGAACCAGUGCCUAAUGUGCCGCCAGUGCAAGAAGAUCAGAUUGAAGAAGUUGAUGACAGUGGUGAGCUUAUGAUUGAUGAAAAUUGUGAGAACAUAGUUGACAUGGACCUCAGUGAGAAGUACGAACAACUUUCGGAAAACGCACCUGCGUCCUCCGGACGAAAAAAUUUGUCUUCCUAUAGACCUAGAUCUAUUGCCCGUAAAACUCACAAAUGUGUCUUUCAUGGUUGUGAUAAAGUUUAUGGGAAAAGCUCUCAUCUGAAAGCACAUCUCCGAACUCACACAGGUGAACGUCCAUUUCCAUGUGGUUGGCAAGGUUGUGGAAAGCGCUUUGCACGUUCAGAUGAGCUGGCUCGUCAUACACGGACUCAUACAGGCGAGAAGAAUUUUACUUGUCCAGUUUGUAAGAAGAAAUUUAUGCGAAGUGACCAUCUAAGCAAACAUGCUCGUCGGCAUCCUGACUUUGAUCCCACAAGUCUCAGACAGCGAAGGACUCCAAACAAGGCCGGCUCUGUGAAUUCCAGUGAAGGAACACCAUCAGAAGUUCUAUCAGACUCGGUUCCAUCUCCUUAACUAAUAUUUUGGAAGUAAAUUUUAUGAGCUUGCCACAUAAGAUCUGUUACUCUUUUCAUGGGAGUAAGUUAAAUAAUUCUGUUUGGUAGUGAAAAAUAUCUUGUCACAAUGAUGAACUAAUUUUAUCAUUUUUUUAUUCAGAUGUUUCUGAGUACAAGAAACAGGUCUGUUUUGUAGAUCGCAUAUACUGGUGUAGAUAUAGACUGUUUAUCAUAAUCACACUUGUGUAUGCAAACAAGAAUUCUUUGUACACAUUUGUUGUACUGUAAACUGCUGAUAUUAAAUAGAUCUUGCUCUUCUGCUAAUAAUAAGAGAUUCUAAAACACAGUACAAGUUAAUAAAUACAUAAAUGCAACUUUUGAAUAAAUAGUAGAUAUUCUGACGUAGGGUUGGCAAACCUGUGAGUAAAGUGAUCUUAUUCAUAGGAUUCUCCUUCAAUAACUAUAUUGUCCAACAUAUUGUAGCAGAUAAAUGUUUUUGAGGAGUAUUUUGGCUGUGUUUACAUUCCACUGGACAAUUACUAAUGGACACCAGUUUCAGCUCCACUAGUUGACAUAAUUUGGAACAUUUGUUUUUUUGUGUGGAAGAUCCUUUUAUGCUUUCAUAUUUUAUCUCAUGGUUAAAUUUUAAUGGUAAUAUGUAUAGGACCUUUAUUUCACAUUCCGUAUAUAUUUAAAGAGCAAUGUAGCAAGAAACUAUGCUCAAAGGAAUUUUGUGAAACUACAUUCUUUUUAUUAGAAUUUUUCUGUAGUAAGUUUGUAGAAAGUUUUAUUAUCUUUCAUCAGUACUUCUAGCAUAUUGUAAAAAGCUAUAUUUAGUUCAAUUCUCACUGUUCACUUUCAUGUCAUUUUUUUCUCUUGUACUUAUGAUACUGGUGUAAUGGAUGAUUUUUUGAGAAAUUUAUUUUGACUCCACACAAGAUAUGAAAACUGUAAUUCAUUCAAUUUUUGGUUUUAGAUUUGUUAAGUAUAAUUUUAUUUUAUAGAUGCCAUAAUAUUUUUGACCCAAUAGUCAUGAUUUUCAGCUGUAAUCAGAAAUAAGUCAUGUAGUUAAUAAACUGCCAGUUGUUUCUUCAUUUGUUUAUUUGGGCUUUGUUUCUUUUGUAGAUCUGUGAAUCAGACUGGUCUGAUGAAAAAUACUAACAAGUUGGUUGCUACGCCUAGGUAGUUCAAAAAUAAUUUAAUCACAAAAAAUUUCACUUCAUUGUAAAGGUAAUAAAUCAACUUCCAAUAAAUAGAUCAGAGAAGACAUCAAAAGUAGUUGUGUAAAAAAGUGAAUUCUAUAUAGGUAUCAUGAAAUAGGUGCAAUUAACAGUCAAUUUUUGUAAUGGAAGGUCUGAAGAAUUUUAGGUUGCGGGCCUCUGGCCAGCUGGUAUAAUUAUGUUAACUGAAUGUCUUUAUUGAAUGUAAGUUUUCUUUGUACUUUUAUUGCCUCAUUAUUAACAAGGUUGUUCUAAACAUGUAAUCUUAUCAGAAUUAUGGAAAUUAUUUUAAUUCAGCCUCUCUGUAUUUGUUUCAUAAUUUUACACCAAGUUGUGCAAUUUGGUAGUUAAGUACUACGAUUUAAACAGGGUAUAGAAAUUUACAGGCAUUUUAGCAUUGAAAGUAUAGUUGUUACUUUCCAUUUAACUUUAUAACAUCAGCAUUAAUAUUCAUGUUCAACUAACAAAUCUCUUGUAGAGCCAUUUGAAGGAAGGGGCUGUCAUGUGUUCUUUAUUUGUGGUUUGAAAGUAGUGAUGCACAUUGAACUAUAUACUGAUAUGUGUAGUAAUAUUAGAAUUUUACUAAAGUCUCUGAUAUAGGUAUUUUUAUAAUACCACGUGAAGAAUCACAGUGAAUCUCUCAAGAUGUUGAAAUUGUGCUGUUGAAGGGUAAAUGCAGAGUUAUGUUGUUAUGAACAGUGUACUAAUGAGGAUAUGUGUUUUCAGCAUGUUGAAGAUGUGUGUGCCAAUUAAUAUUGAAUUUCUGGUGUCAUUCAGUUACUGAAUAUUGUAAAGCAUAUUAUUACAGAAAAUGAGAUUGUGUGUUUGUUCAUUAUAUUGUAUUUUAGAAUUUUUCUUGCUUGUACUGGCUUGAGAUAUAGUCAAUAGUGUUAACUGGCCUGGCGAUGCUAUAAAUUGUUUACAUUUCUGCAUAAGAAAAUGCGUGUUUUCUGGUAGUUAUGUUACUUAAUAAAUUACAUUUUGAGAAAGUCAUUGUUUUAAUUCAAAUUCAAAUAUUCUACUCGUGUUCUUUCAUCAUUAAACUCAUUUAGUGCUUUGUUAAUUUGCUGUCUUGGUUUACUUUCAUGUUUUGAAUUAUAUUUUGGUGCAGAUUUUAUUAUUUACUUUUUAGUGUGUUCUUAUAUUCAGGGGUAUUUGAAUGGCAACUUGUAAUUAGUCUAUUGAGUAUAAUUAUAACAUAAUUUUAUAAUUAGCACAAAUUGACUACAUAUUGUAAAGAAAUGUUAUUUUCAAAAAAAGAACAAAAAAAUUGAGGCAGCUUUUUUUUUAUUCUUAAGUUUCAUUCUCGAGAGUUAUGAAUGAGUGAAUGGAUUUUUAUAAUAAUAUAUCUUUUGUGAAGUGUAAGAUUUCUCUGCUUGGGAGAGCUCAUGUUCUGAAAAUGUGUCUAUAAGAAGUGUAGGAUGUAAUUGUGAAAAUGAUGUGAUUAUGUGAUGAACAUGUAUGUUUUAGCCUUUCAUAAACUGCAUUUCAAAAUGUACAUUCUUGAAAUUAGAUGUGUGAGAGGUGAAAAAGAUGUGCAAUUGACACAGAGCAGAAAAAGGAAGUGAUUGUUUAUAUGCAUGUGCAAUUACAUAUCGGUACAAAUACAUUUUAAGUUGAAAUGUAUUGUCCUCCUGAUGUGUUAGUUUCACUGCCAUUGUAAAGUGUUAGUUGAGUGUUAUUGUGUAGUUGAGAGUGAUUCGAUGUUGUAAACUACUAUUUUUUAGCUUUAUUUACUUUUCUAUUUCCCUUGUCUCCCCUCUCCCUGAUGUUCUCAAUAAUAUUAGAUGAAGGUUUUCCACUUUCUUUCUAAAGGAAGAUUUGAACAAUUGUAUUUGGUGCUAAAUUGUGGAAUUCUUCCAAUGAAAAACAAAUAUUUUUUUUACUGGAAGAAAAAAAAUCAUCACUGUUAAAGUUAGAAUUAGAAACUUGAAUUGUCAUGCUGUGUUACUUCGAUAAUUUUUAUGCUAUUAAAUACUUAAAAAAUCUGAAAAUGUUUUAUACAGUACUACAUCCCCCUGUAAUUAUGAAUGAGUAUUGUGUAAGUAAAAUUUAGGUAUUUAAUUCAUUGGAAAUUGCUACAACAAGAUUUGAAUUCGUGUUUUGCAAUUUCAUUUCAUAAAUUUGAUAUGAACAUUUAGUGUAUUAAUUACAAUAAACAAACUUCAGGGCCUGGCCUAAAAUUUUAUUAAUAUGUAAUUAUAUACAUAUUACAGUGAAAAUUUGAUUACAUUUUGGAUUUUUGUCUUUGAGAACCAUGGAUUUAGUGACUAAAUCUAAAUAUCUUUGUGUUAUACUUUGUUUAUGUAUUGAAUUAUUUUUAUACUUUUAAUUGGUUUUGAAACAAUCCAUGUGAUGUUUAUUUUCAAGUUAAAUUGUAACAGGUGAAUUAGUUAGUUUUUGUUAAUAUGACAUCUUGUGUGAAUAUGGCUCUAUGAAAUCUGAUGUAGUGAAACUGAUGCCCAAUAUUCACCUCAAAAUUGUGAAAUGUGAAUCUCAUGUCAUCGUAUGUUAAAUGUAAAUUUUUCUGUAAUAAUAUGCUUCUCUGAGAGGAGAUAAGAAAACUAUCCAUGCAUUUUGUUUCUCUAUGCAAUGGUUAAGGCAGUUUUCUUCUUAAUUUGUUGUGAUACAUUUUGGUCAUUUUACAAAGGAUGUGGCUUAGUCUGCCUUGGUUGUAUCAAGUGUAAGACUGACAGACAAAAUAUAUUGUUAACAAUCACAA